GGUGUUUUUAAUAAUGUCUGUUUUAUCCAGGUGACGCACACUGAACUCAGUUCAGUGAACUGCGGACAACUAAGCACAAAAACAAAUCUGGAAGUUGCAGGGCACUGGUGGAUGGACUUCUUAAAAUGAGCAUAUAAAGGGUUUCAAGGUGAGUUGAGUAAUAGUCGACCUGUUUUAAUUCCAUCUUCAUCUUGGCCAUCCCAGAGCUUCAAGAAUGCCUUUGCUCGUCCCUAUUUGGACUACAGUCACAGUUUUGCUAGUUUGUGGACUUGGUGCUUGUGUUUAUUACAUUGUACGUUUAGAGAGACAAGUGUUAGAAUCUUCUGGUUCACUUUCAGAGUGUGCAUCUGAUGCAGGGUCAAGUAAUCAGACAUCAGGUUCACUUUCAGAGUUGGCAUCUGAUGCAGGGUCAAGUAAUCAGACAUCAGUUGAGCCGAACUGGAACCUCCUUGCAGUUCAAGAUGGCAGGAUCAGAGACGACGUGUGGAAGUGGAUACAGGGUUCUAAAGUCACAAUUGUGCUGGAAACCAAAACGGCCAAUAGUUUUUUGAGGUUGAGUAACGACACCCAGAAAGUGUAUUUGGCAUUUACUAAAUCAAACUCUGUAACUGCCGACCCCCUGAGAUUCAGUGCAUGUACCUGCAUCCUCGGAAAGGACUCCUUCAAAAAGAGGUUCUACUUUGAAGUCCAGCUCCUGUCGAGCGAGUGGUCAGUGGGUGUCACUUACAGCAAUGCCAAAACGACCAUUACCCCGUUGUCCGAUGUUGUCUGGAGUAUAGGAAUGAAGAAAAACAAGUUCUACACUUUUUUGACAGUUUCCAAGUUGCUUAACAAGCCUGUGCCCAAGUUAUUAGGGGUACACGUGAACUAUCAGAGGGGGACAGUAGCCUUCUACAACAUCGAAACUCAGGAAUUCAUUACAGUUAUAUCUGUAGGUCGCACCUUCCGUAGGUCUGUAGUGCCUUUUUUCUUUGGUGUAAGUUAUGAGUCAGAUCUAAGCUUGUUUUUGUUGAGAAACUCGUGAUACAUUAUUGGGUGAACUGAACAAGUUAUUUUUAAUAUUGUCUAUACUGUACUGACGCCCUUCAGAGCAAGGGGAGGACUGUAAUUGUGACGAAUGGGGGUUGCAUUCCAGGCCAGUAAUGCACCUCAAACUGCAACAAGGGCCUCCCUCCCUCUAGUCUCUCACAUCUCAUUAGGCAUAACCCUUCUAUUUUUAAGUCAUUGACCUGAAUCACUGCCUCAGUGUCUACCCGGCUGAUGCACUCUACACUGAAUGCACUGGUACUGCUCUGAUUGGUGCAGACAAGUGCCAAUGAAGAUGGUUUAUCUCUCCUCCAACCCACCUCUGGUCUGGAGUGUGGAUGCCACUGUGUUGGACGUGGAAGGGGUGUACAGGUCUCCACCCCAGCCCGGUGGAGGUGCUGUACCACAGCCCGGGGACCAUGCCUGUGUUCUGGCUCGGCCGAGUCCUUCUAACCACAGUCCAGGGGAACAGUGCCUGGUCAUAGCCUCAGGGGUGACUAACCAGCUCGGAAGCAGCAGUGGCGUCGACUGUAGAAGCAUAACAGGACUACUUGAGAUUUGACAACUUUUAAACUGUUUUAAAACUUUUUACCUCUUUAAAAUGCCUUCAUUGUAUUUGUCUAUAUAUUAAAUGGUUUACCUUUUUGUGUUUAAAUAUGCUUAUGC